GUACAUUAUUGAUGUCAAAUGGUCCAAACAAUGGAAAAGUUAUGUUGGUUAUGAGAGCUGGGACAACUAUAAUGUAGGCGAGGAAUCAGCUCAUCCAGGACCUAUAGACAAUACCCCUAUUUUACAAGAAGGAACGGGUAAAUUGAAAGAACAUUUGAUAGAUGAUUUAGAUUAUAAACUUGUUCCUGAGGAAUGUUGGGAAAUGUUGCUGUCUUGGUAUGGAAUAUUGGGAGGACAGGAACCAUUACCAAGAAAAGUGAUAGAAGAAGGUGUUUAUAGUAAAUCGUUGAAAGUGGAAGUUUACUUGUGGCAUCUAAAGAUUUGUGAUAACUCUAAACCAGAUGAUGUCAUUACAAAAACUUUCAGCAGAGGUGAUACAAUCCGAAACCUUGAAGAAGUAAUGCGUAGUGAAUUUAGCAUAUCCAAUGAUAAAGAAGUCCGGUUAUGGAAUAGGUAUAUGACAAACAUGUACGAACAGUUGAAGAACAAAGACAAUACGUUAAUGGAAGCAGGGUUAUAUCUGAAUCAAGUAAUCUUGAUAGAGCAGAAAAAUCCCGACGGAACAUGGCCUAGAGAAAUUAAAAAAAAAGAUUAAAUAAAAAAGUAACUUAAGUAACGUGUAUGGUUUUAAAGUUGAUAGAUUUUGUAUAACACAAUGAACAGAAUGUGGUUUAAGUACGGUUGGUUCUUAAAAAAAUGAAAAUGGAAAUUUAGCUAAAGAAACGAUACUCAUUACAACUAUAAAACAUCAGGUUAACAAAUGCAUUUGCACAACGUUUCUGUGCAUGCAUUUCAUUUAAAUACUUUAUAGAUGAAAAACUAUUUUAUUUAUUAGAGUAGAGCACUGUCAGUAACAUUUUCAUGUUUCUUUUGUUUUUUGUUUUGUUUUUAAAUUGGUUAAAUAAGAUACUUUCGUAACUUUCUUUGAUUGUUUUACUUGUACCUGUAUAUAUGCAAAUACGAUGUACUAAUUUUGUCACAUAUAUGCUAUGGUAUUUAUGUUUUAGUCUAUGCCACAGUGCUCAAUACAUGUAUAUGCAAAGACUGAAUAAACGUUCUGUUUUGAUUAAAAUAUAAAAUAAACAUGUAACACUUGCACCUUUAUAUUGCCCGAUGCAUCUUUCAGCUCUGAAGACAUUUUGGUAUAUAUAUAAUUAUAUAAGAAUUGUCGUUUUGCACUCGGAUAUUAACCAUUGUUACGAAAGCAUUUUUACCAGUCUAAUUGAACUCAUUUUAAAAGAUAUUCAGAACCUUGUUAUUUCAAGAUUCCUUAUAAUGUAUCAUUAUAAAUUGUGUUGUACAUGUUUUAGGUGUACAUUUCUUAAAGAUGUUAAUGCUUUCUUUGAUCCCACCUGUCAUACUGACACAAUUUAAUAUACAUGAACUAUGAUCUACAUCUUUUGUGUCAAUAGUGAAGUGAAAUAUGUGGAUAAAUAUAAUCAAUAUAGUUAAUCAAUAUUAACGAUAUAAUCAUAUUUGUUCUGCAUAGCGUUAUGUAGAUUAAAUACCUAGGUACAAGUAUAUAUGUCAACUUUUUACUUAUGUUAGCUAAGCACAUGUGUAUUUUUAUUUAUUCAUCUAUUUCAACAUUUUGUUUUGGUUAAUAUUGAAUCGAAAUUCAAUACAUUUACCUUAACUUGUGUGAUUUAAAUAAGUGAAAUACAAACAUUAAUGUAUAUUAUAUUUGUAUAGUUUGUCGUCCACUGUAUUCUGUAAUGUUUACAAUUUCAUUACAAUAAUAAUGUAUAUGUUCAUUAUUCUUUAUGUUGUUAUAACCUGUAGACAUCAAGGAACGCCAAGGGAAGAAAAAACGAAUGCCAUAAAUGUACCAUAGAUGUAACAUAAAAACAGUUUUAGUAAAAUAUUCCUCCAAAUAUGUCCAAAAGUUAUAACUUAAGGAAACAAUUUGUAACACCAUAUUUCCGUUGAUGGCCUUUUAUUAAACUUCGAAUUAUUCAAUCAAUUAAUCAAAAUGUUGUUUUGUAUGAUUUUUCUGUAAAUUAGUAUGCACAUUGUUAUUCCACGUUUAUCACAUGUUCAUGUAUAUUGGCUAUAUGUAUGCUCAUGUUAUUUUAUGACAAAUAAAGAUUUUGUUAUGUAUAUUGUUUUCAUGGGCUUAUCAGCUUUAUUUGAUUCAAAUAAAUGUCUGUGAAAUGUAGUCAACGAAAAAAAUAUAGAUCUAUAUGUAGAGAGUUGCAUAAAUAUUUUUUUCCAUAUAUAUAAGCUUGCCAAUGUCAAGGUUUAAUUGUGACGUUUAUAGGUAAGAUCUAAAACUGAAACUGACAGAAACCAUUUAAGCUCACCAGAACGGAAGGUUCAGGGUGAGCUAUGAGUAUCAAAGGGGGAUGCUCCGGCGUCCGUCGUCAUGCGUCAACAAUCAUCUUUUUCUCUGAAACUGCUGGGCAAAUCUACUUCAAAUUUGGUCUGUAGCAUAAUUAUGACAGUCGCACUUUAAUUCGCUUAUAUCAUUUCAAUUCGCCCGUUUUAGGUGCCAACAGAGCUAAAAAUAGAAAAACCUUAGAACUAAUUGAUGGAUGAUCACCAAAUUUUGUCUGUAGCAUUCUUAGAUAAUCUGUUAUCAAAUUUGUUCAAAUUUAUUUUAUCCGCUCAUAUCAUUUCAAUUUGCCCCUUUUAGGUGCAGAGCUAAAAUGGAAUUUUUUUAAACAUCUCCUACUAAACUAAUUGAUGGAAUGAUAACCAAACUUUGUCUAUAGCAUUCUUAUGUAGUCUUUUAUCAAAUUUGCUAAUAUUAAUUUGAUAUGCCUCUUUUAGGGGUCGCUUAAGCUCAAAAUAGAAACAGCUUUUCUAUGUUUCUCUUCUUCUUUUGAAUUUAUUGAUUGAUGAAUGAUCGCCAAACUUUGUC